AUGGCCUCGCUGCGCCUUGCCAGCCCCAGGCUGAGGAACUACUUCAAGGAGAAAUACAUUCCUCAGGUCUGCGAGGCUCUGUUAUGUGGUCUACUUGUUACAUGUCCUGAGGAUCCCCUGAGGUAUUUAGAGAAAAUGAUCACUGCUGUAAUGGAAAAUGGUCUUGAAAGUCUUCUCUGGGAUAUGUGCAUUGAUCCAUCAAUGAAACCCAAAAUUCAGAGACUGUUGGAAACUUACGUGGAACAACUUUUUGGACUGGAUGAUCAGCUGGUGACUCCAGAAUUAAUGAUAAAAGCAUGUACUUUUUAUACUGGACAUUUACUGAAGACCCACUUUUACACGUGGAGAAAGAUAGCAAUACCUCCUACAAAUGAAGAUGACCGUCUGGCUGAAAAAAUGGAAAAAUCAAUAGAAUAUGACAAUUUCAGACUUAAAAAAUGUGUAUUUCAUCACUGGCACUCUUAUGUGAAAGGUCGAAAAGAACGACAUAAAGAUACACUACUGCGGGUACAACAGAUGUUCUACUGCUACAAGCUGAUAAUUAUCCUAACUAAAUGGAGGGAUAAAGCAAGACAUAAGUAUAAAGAGAGAGAAGAUGAGCUGAUGUUAAAGCAUGAACUUCAAUUUAAAAAAUGGAGAAGCAAGUUAAAACUCAGAGUAAAUUCUAAAGAAGAAUACAUUUCACCUGAACAAAAUGUGUCUGAAGUCUUUCUUGUAGGUGAGAUUCCUGAAUUUGAUGUUUCACAGUUACCCAAAAGAACAGUAUUACAGAUUUUCUCCUACCUCAGUUUAAGAGAUGUGGUAAUAUGUGGUCAAGUUAAUUGCUCCUGGUUGUUGAUGACACAAAUGAGCUCAUUGUGGAAUGGUGUAAAUUGAUUUUUCCGCAUAAAAAAUAUAAUCACAGAUAAACACAUAGUGUCUACUUUGCAAAGGUGGCGUCUAAAUGUGGUGUGCUUGAAUUUUCGUGGUUGUGUUCUCCGAUUGAAAACUUUGAGAUCAGUAAGCCUCUGUAGAAACUUGCAAGAGCUGAAUGUCUCUGACUGUCCAACACUCACGGAUGAAUCAAUGAGAUACAUCUCUGAGAGCUGUCCAGGAGUCCUGUAUCUCAAUCUAUCUAACACAACUAUCACCAACAGGACGAUGCGACUCCUGCCAAGGUACUUCCACAGUUUACAGAAUCUUAGUUUGGCUUAUUGCAGAAAGUUUACAGACAAAGGUUUACAGUACCUGAAUUUGGGGAAUGGAUUCCACAAGCUCAUCUAUCUGGACCUUUCCGGCUGCACCCAGAUUGAAGAUGUCUUUGACAAUAUUACGCAUAUUCGCCUAUGUCUGGUAUACUAUCGCCAGAGCUGGAGCCAGGGAACUGAAUCCCUGACUAGACAAACCGUGGUGAGAGAUGAGCCAUCAGCCUCCUGUCCUCAGGGACCCCUCCUUCAGACAAGCCCGGAAACCCAUACAGAAUUAGCCACCUGCUUCCAGCAACCUCUGCUGCAGCACUCAGCAUCAGGAACACAGCCAUCACUGGGAGAAGGCUCAGAGGACAGGUUCCUGACCAGAAUGGUUUUAUUAGAGGUCAUACUAAUGGGUUCUCCCACAUUUUCACCAACUCUGUACAAUUCAGAUUUCAGUCCAAGGCUUCAGGAACACUGCAGUGGGAUUAGGCAUCUGACCAUCAAUGACACGCCAACUCUGACGGACAACUGUGUAAAAGCUUUACUUGAAAAAUGCCAUCGAAUUACAUCAGUAGUUUUCAUUGUUGCACCACAUAUUUCCGAUUGUACUUUCAAAGCUCUUUCUACUUGUGACCUCAGAAAGAUCCGAUUUGAAGGAAAUAAAAGGAUUACUGAUGUGUGCUUCAAAUUUAUAGACAAGAAUUCUCCAAGUAUCAGUCACAUUUACAUGGUGGACUGCAAUGGAAUAACAGAUGGUAGCCUCAAGUCAUUCUCACCUUUGAAGCAGCUUACUGUGUUGAAUCUGGCAAAUUGUGUAAGAAUUGGUGGCAUGGGACUAAAGCAGUUUCUUGAUGGUCCUGCAAGCACAAAGAUAAGAGAGCUAAAUUUAAGUAACUGUAUCCACCUGGGUGAUGCCUCUAUUGCAAAACUAUCAGAGCGCUGCUCUAAUUUAGACUACUUGAGUUUACGAAAUUGUGAACAUCUGACUGACCUAGGAGUUGAAUUUAUUGUAAACAUCUUUUCUUUGGUAUCAGUAGUAGAUCUCUCUGGAACAGACAUCUCUAAUGAGGGUUUGAUGACACUUUCCAGGCACAAAAAAUUAAAGGAACUAUCUGAGUGUGAUAAAAUGACUGAUAUUGGAAUUCAGGAAUUCUGCAAAGGCUCACUGAUCUUGGAACAGGAUGUCUCUUACUGCCCCCAGCUGUCAGAUGAGAUUAUUAAAGCACUGGCCAUUUAUUGUAUUAAUCUCACAUCUCUCAGCAUUGCUGGCUGUCCAAAGAUUACUGACUCAGCAUUGGAGAUGUUAUCGGCAAAAUGCCAUUACCUGUACAUUUUGGAUGUUUCCGGUUGUAUCCUGCUUACUGACCAAAUGCUUGUAAACCUUCAGAUGGGCUGCAAACAACUCCGGAUCCUAAAGAUGCUAUACUGCAGACUUAUUUCCAAAGAAGCAGCUAAGAGAAUGUCAUCUAUAGUUCAGCAGCAGGAAUAUAAUGCUACUGACCCUCCACUUUGGUUUGGCUAUGAUUGCGAAGGCAAGCCUCUUCCAGAGCAACAAGAUAUAACACAACUUAAAGAUUCAGAAUUGAUGGCGGAAGAGUCAACAUACAGUAGUGAACAGGAAGCAGCAUGACCUUCAA